GCGGCGCCGCAGCUGCAGACGCUGCUGCUGUCCGGGAACUGCCUGCGCGCCCUGCCCGGGGGGCUGCUGCCCGCCGGCGCCUCCGGCCUCCUCCCCCUGCUCAGCCAGCUGGAGGCGGCUGACAACGGGCUGCAGGAGCUGGACACGGGCAUCGCCGGCCUGCCCGCCCUGAAGACCCUGGAUGUUUCCAAUAACCAGUUAACUGAAAUCCCUGUUGAGCUUGCUGACUGUCCUAAGUUAAAGGAGAUCAACUUCAAAGGGAACAAACUGAAAGACAAGCGCCUGGAGAAAAUGGUUAAUGGCUGCCAGACAAAAUCGAUCCUGGAGUAUUUGCGGGUUGGAGGCCGAGGAGGUGGCAAAGGAAAGGGAAAGCAAGACAAUGUGGAUAAAGAGGAAGGCCGGAAAAAAAAGAGAGAGAGACGUCAGAAGAAGGAUAGUGGUGAUGGGGAGCAGGAUGAACUGGAAGAAGUGAAUAAACUAUUGAUCAAGGUUCUACAUAUUUCUGAAAAUCCAGCUCCAUUGGUAAUUAAAGCGAGUCCAAAUAUCAAAGAAGUUCGGCCGUUCAUCGUAUGCUGUGUGGUGAAGGGCAUGAACUUGAAGCCAGGAAAUGCCUUGAAGAGAUUUCUUUCUGCACAGACCAAACUCCAUGAGGACAUAUGUGAAAAACGAACAGCAGCCACCAUUGCCACACAUGACCUGCAGCUGAUCAAAGGGCCUCUGCUUUAUGAUGCUCAGCCACCUAAUGACCUGAAGAUAAUCCCACUGGGUCGGAAGGAGAUCAAGGCAAAGGAUCUUGUCCGACAGUUGCAGUUAGAAGCUGAGGAACAGAGAAAACAAAAGAAGCGUCAAAACAUCUCUGGAUUGCACAAGUACCUACAGUUACUGGAUGGGAAUGAGAACUAUCCCUGCCUUGUAGAUGCCGAAGGUGCCGUGAUUUCCUUCCCACCGAUCACUAACAGCGAUAAAACAAAAAUCAAGAAAAGCACAAGUGAACUCUUUCUGGAGGUGACGAGCGGUGUCAGCCUACAGAUCUGCAAAGACAUCAUGGAUAUGCUUAUCCUAAAAAUGGCAGAACUCAACAAAUUCACUUUGGAAAAUAAGGAAGAAGUAUCAGUCUCCGACGAUGAAUCUGAUGUGAUUUCUGGACCUCCAAAUUUCAAUCCCAGCCAGACGGUACAUCAUGAGAACACUCCAUUAAUAGUGGAACAGGUUCGGGUUGUGGACAUAGAUGGAAACUUAAAAGUACUUUAUCCUUCCAAAACUGACCUUACUAUGGCCUCCUCUCUUUUAACUGUAAUCCGUUAACAGCCAUCAAGCUACUACCUGUAAAACAUUUGGGGUUUUGAACAUAUUCUAAAGAUAUCAUUUGUGUAUGAUAAUUUAUAUUGCACCCUUUUUUCUUUAUUUUCAUUUUUAAAGAAAAGAUGCAACAUGCCCUGCUUCAGGGAUGCGUAAAUCCUUCAGUUUGAUCAUACAAUGGCAAGGAAUGCUGCCUUUUUUCCUGCCUUAAUAAUAAAAAAAGUCCCAGUGUUAUAAUUGGUUAAAGAUGCAAAUGUCUCUUAAAUGCUUAACUUGGGAGCAAAGUGUUUCUAUAUUACAGAAUUCUUAUCCAAUUAAGCUCUAAUAUAUAUACUCUGGAUAACCUUGGUAGAAAUUCAUUGCCCUGUCCCCAAGGAACUGUGAGGUAAAAUACCAGUAUAGGAAUUGGUGUCACAGCCAGUGGACUUCCUCUCUGGACCUAUUUUGUUAUUUUCUCCCAAUAAGUUUUCCAGUGGUAAACUAUUUUACAACUUCAGUCAGCUAAGAUGGACUGCAUAGUCCAUUACUAAAAACAGGAGGUAAAAACUGAAAUUCUGCUAUCUAAUAGAUCAUUAUAAAGUUAAGGCUAAUGUUAAUCAUACUAAUAUCAAUCUUAGUUUCUUUUUGUGUUUAGUCUAAACCUGAAACACCACAGGCUCUUUAAUUUAUUUGUUAUUAAAGAAACCCCUCUCCAAUCUAAUUGUGGCCAAAAAAAACAUAACAUGAUAAGAUUUUCCAGCAAUGGUACAUACUUGAUUCUGCUUCUAUUGCUCACUAAGGCAUCCUAAAGUCAAAUUAACAGACAUUUGCUACUGUCCUGGUGCAGCUUAGAGCUGCAAUCUGCUCAUGGAAAUGUCAGUCACAAGUAACCCUUCCCAUGCCCAUUAUGUGGCCUGGCCAAGGAGACUGCAUGCUGUAUCUGAGGUCUUUGCUGAAACCAGCUGAAGUUCACUUGUGCAGUUGGCUGGUUCAGGGCUGGUGCAUCACGUGAACUCUCCCUCAGGUUGCUAGAGUAAGGAGCCGCUUCCCAGGGGUGAACCCAACUGGAAUUCGCUGCAUCGCCCUUCAUGGACAUAGGAAAAUUGGGUGAUAUUUUUAACAGUUCCUUUAAACUCAGAUGGCUAACUUGAAUGAAACCAGCCAACUACAACAUUUGCAGUCUGUGUGCGAGAGACGUUACAACUCAGCUCGAAGUGCACGAAAGAUAAUAGCUCCAUAGUGAAGGAUGAGUUGCAAGAUGAUUAAUUUUUAUCAGAAAUGAGCUGCCUUUUAUUGAACUGCUGGCUGUGUUCUGUGUUUAAGGUCUGCAGAAUGGAUGGAAAAAAACUAAAGUGAUGGCACCUGCAA